UGGCGGUUUAGUUGAGGAUAUUUUCGUGGUCAUAGCUUUCCACUGUUGGGUUUUGUCGUUUACAGGUUUCCCUUGUUGGUCGUCUCCAUGUGCUCGCGAGGGGUCUUUUCUGCGUCUCUUUCUGGUACGUGCCCAAUUCGCGAGUAUCGACGUCGCCGUCUCAAGUGUAGCGGUCGGCUCGCAAUCCACAAGUCCUCGUGUUCACAUGCGCCGUGGCGACUGUUCGGCCGAGUCGUGUCGCGGAAUUUGACGUUAACAAGUUACCAAUCCGCUCGUAAAAAUGGUAACAGAAAGUGACUCAGUCGUCUAAGAGAAUUCGUGGUGUAUACAGUUGUUAAUGUCCCGCGGGAACAAGUGACAAGAGAGGCGCGUGUUAGCCAUUCAUAGUUCGCUGUAGUAACACGUGCGUGCGUAUACCGGGUGUGUGAUUGAUUUUUUGCGGAAUGGGCGAAGAAUCCCAAAACGGGGACGGUAAAGUUGUGUUAAAACGUAAAAUAACAUUGUUUAAUGGAGUUGGUAUCAUUAUUGGGACUAUUAUUGGCUCCGGAAUUUUUAUAUCGCCGACAGGAGUAUUUUUGAAUACUAAGUCAGUCGCAGCGUCAUUGCUAAUAUGGCUGUUCAGCGGUCUGUUAUCCACCCUCGGAGCUCUGUGUUAUGCAGAACUGGGCACCUCCAUCACCAGGUCAGGUGGCGAUUACGCCUACAUCUACACGGCCUUCGGUCCUCUGCCUGCCUUCCUGCGGCUCUGGAUCGCGCUGCUCAUCAUCAGGCCGACCACGCAAGCCAUCGUGGCCUUGACCUUCGGACAGUACGUCGCCAAGAUCUUCUUCCCUGAAUGUGAACCGCCACAAAAUGCCAUCAGGCUAUUGGCAGCAGUUUGUUUAUGUAUUCUGACCGCCAUCAACUGCAUCAGCGUACGUUGGACGAUGAGGAUACAAGAUGUGUUCACCAGCUCCAAACUCCUAGCGCUGGUCAUCAUCAUCAUCUCAGGAAUCUACUACAUUUGCGCUGGUAACACGGAGAACUUCGAUAGACCUUUUGAAGGUGAAUACAGCGCGGGGAACAUAGCGCUUGCGUUUUACUCUGGCCUCUUUGCUUUUGGUGGUUGGAAUUACCUUAACUUCGUCACGGAAGAACUACAAGAUCCUUAUAAGAAUUUGCCGCGCGCCAUUUGGAUAGCUAUGCCGAUGGUGACUACUAUCUACGUGAUGGCAAACUUGGCCUACUUCGCGGUCGUUUCCAGAAAUGAAAUGAUGUCACUUGCUCCUGUAGCCAAGAUUUUCGGAGACCACUUAUUCGGUGGCUGGAGCUGGCUGAUCCCGGUGUUCGUGGCUCUGUCCACAUUCGGCGGCGUCAAUGGAGUGCUGUUCACGUCAGCACGGCUGUUCGCCACCGGCGCGCAGGAGGGCCACAUGCCCGCUUUCUUCUCCCUCUUCCAUGUGGACAAGCAGACUCCGAUACCAUCGCUCAUAUUCACGUGUUUCUUCUCCCUUGUAAUGUUGACGACGAGCAACGUGUUCGACCUGAUCAACUACUUCUCGCAGAUCCUCUGGUUGUCAGUGGGGGCUUCUGUGGUGGGCAUGCUGUGGCUCAGGCGCGCCAAGCCUGACUUGCCUCGACCUAUCAAAGUCAACAUCGUUAUACCACUACUCUUCCUGAUCGCAAUCGGAUGCUUAGUCAUCAUUCCAGCUAUCACCAAUCCCAAAGACACAGCCAUAGGACUUGCCAUACUCCUUUCAGGUAUACCUGUAUACUACCUUUGUGUAAAAUGGGAUACCAAACCUGACUCCUACAAUAAAUUAUCAACUGGCGUGUUAAGGUUCCUACAAAAACUUUGCUCAUGUAUUUAUGUAGAGUCUUUAGAGAAGUUAUCCGCUUGAAUGACCAGAAAAUGUAUUUUGUCUGUAAAUAGGUACUUCUAUAUACCUACGAAUAUAUAAAGGACCAAUAUAUGUGUAUGACGCUUAUUGUGAUAAUUUAAGACAUAUAAUGGACGAGCUUUUAAUAUAUACUUAAUUACCAAUGCAUUGAAGCAUUAGAAAAGUAGUAGUUAUUCAUAAACUAUGUUUAUGUUGAAAUGAGAUUAAUUGAUAUUUUUAAUAAAGCAAUUCGAAACGUA